UCCACUAAAGCAGGGGAGAGAUGUUGCUGUUGUUUGACUGAAGAUGAUUUCAGGACGGCUGUUGUUGAUGUUUGUAGCCGCUGCAAUGGCACAGAAUGAUUUGUCUGUAGACUGCGGCGGCGAUGAUUCGGUCACUGUCCGCUGGAGACCCGGACUGGAUUCGUCUCAAAAACUGGAUCCGUUCAGAGCUUUGCUGGGAAACUGUCCGCCGAGCUUCACGGUGUCUGACGACACGCUGCUCUUCUACGUGUUACUGCGAGACUGUGGCUUUCUCAAACAGGUGACGGCGGACAGAGUGACGUACUCCAACAUGCUGAUCUAUGACCGACGGCCGGAGCUGCCUUUCAUUUCCCAAUCGGUCCAGUGCGUCUAUGACUCAGCUGUAAGCACGACGACAGCAUUCAGCGCUGUGGAAGACGAGAAUGAAGGACUGGCGACCUUCAGCAUGGAGCUUAUGAACAGUGAUUUCAGCGCUCCGGCUCCGUCUAUGAGGUUCCAGCUUGGGUCCAUUAUUCCCAUCAGAGCCACGGUGGAGUCACGGAGCCACAGGCCGCUGAAAAUCUUCAUGGAGAGCUGUGUGGCUGCCACGGAUGCCAACAUCAGCCGCGCCGCUCAGGUGCAUCCCAUCAUCGCCAAUGUCGGGUGUCUGAUGGAAAGUAAAUCGGGAAACUCCAGCUUUCUGCCGAGGCGUCAUCCUGCUGAAAUACGCCUCGAUCUCCAAGCCUUCACGUUUGCUCUUGGACAGAAUAUUUUCCUGCACUGUGAUCUGGAAGCGUGGGACAUCCAGCGUGUGGACAGGAAGGCGUGUCACUACAUGCAGCAGCAGCGCAGAUGGGAGCUCCUGGAUGAUCCGUCCCAGAGCUACGCGUGUUCCUGUUGCGAGUCCACGUGCUUCUGGAGGACAGACUCCACGAAAGGCAUGUCGGCUCGUAAAGUUUUGGGGCCGUUUAUGAUGGAGGAUGAAUCUCAGAGCGACACAUCUCUGGACACACAGUCUAGCACGGAACAUGGUCUGACUGAAGCUCUGCUGUGGCUGCUGGUGGUUUCGGUGGCAGCAGCGCUGGUGACCAUCAUGGGAGUUUUGGCCGUGAGCUACUACCUGUGUUUCUGGAGAGGAGGACGCUUGGGCUACAGACCCAGCAGAGAUCUGCUCACCAAAUACUGAUUAGCUUUAAUAAAUAUUUUGAACUGGU